AUGCAAGAAACUUAAACAUAAUAAUCAAGAGGUUUUAGGGCGAUAAUAGCCAAAAAAAAAGACAGAUAGAUUCAUAAUAAUCAACCAUUUACCUAGAAUGGAUUCUUUUUAAUUGAAGGAAUAAAAAUGUUGAAUCAAUGUAGUAAGUUAGAACAAUAAAAAGAAAGUGAGACUAAAAGAUUAACAAGAAAAUAAUUUUAAAAUUUAUUUAAACAAUCAAGAUUAUCAAUAAUGAUAGAUAAAGAAAAAACAAUCAAUAAUAGCACUUACACAAAAAGGAAUUAUGCUCCAUAAAAACCUUCUGUUUUAAAUUUUGAGUUUUCAUUAGAUUAGAAUGCUUUUAGGAAUAAAUCUAUUGAUAUCAGCAAAAAUAGGAGACUAUAAUGGAAUAAAAAAACCAGAAAAGAUGUGGAUUUGACAUAAAGGGAAAGAUUCUAUACUGUAUAAUUUAUAACAAAAUCUGAGGGGAAAUAUGAAACUCGAAAUCUUCUUGAAAUGAAUAUACAGAAAUACUAAAAAUUAGUGAAUUCUCCACCGCUGAGUCGUCAAUGCAAACAAAAAUAUCAAUUAUGAAAAUAGAUAAAGAAAAAGGUUAAUGUAAAUUUAUAAGAAUUAAAUUGAUAUUGAGUUUCAUAUUACCAAG